AUGAGCUGCCUCACGUUCCGCCGCUCCGCCGCCGACGCAAGCCGCCUCCAGGACGGCCUCCUCGUCUUCAUGUUCUUCAUCUCGAUUCCCAUACGUAGUCUGAAUACUUCGUCUUCUUCUUCUCGUCGGGCGACGGUCGCGCCGGCGGCCAUGGAUCCCAACAGCUUCAAAACCGGAGGCCUUCUGCUUCCAACCAUCGAGAGGCGGUGCGCUUCGCCUCCAUCUGUCAUCGUGAUCGGGGGCGGAAUCUCAGGGAUCGCCGCGGCUCGUGUCCUCUCCAAUUCCUCUUUUGAGGUGACUGUCCUUGAGUCGAGAGAUCGAAUUGGUGGCCGUGUCCACACGGAUUACUCCUUUGGAUGCCCCAUUGACAUGGGAGCCUCAUGGUUGCACGGUGUCAGUAAUGAGAAUUCUUUAGCACCACUGAUAGGCCAUCUUGGGCUGAGAUUAUAUCACACCAGUGGUGACAACUCUGUUCUGUAUGACCAUGAUUUGGAAAGCUGUUCGCUCUUUGAUAAGAACGGCCUUGCAGUCCCAAUGGAGACAGCUGCUAAAGUUGGCGUGAUAUUUGAGAAAAUUCUCAAGGAGACGGUGAAACUCCGUGACGAGCAGGAACACGACAUGCCCCUUGAACAGGCAAUCUCAAUGGUUCUUGAGAGGCACCCUGAUCUCAAGCUAGAAGGGCUAGAUGAUCGAAUCCUUCAAUGGUGCGUCUGCCGGCUGGAGGCAUGGUUUGCUGCAGAUGCAGAUGAAAUAUCUCUGAAAAACUGGGAUCAGGAACAUGUUCUCACUGGUGGCCAUGGUCUGAUGGUUGAUGGAUACUUACCUGUAAUUCAGGCUCUCGCUCAAGGUCUUGACAUCCGUCUGAAUCAGAGAGUAAAGAAAAUUGCACGCCAGCAGAAGGGAGUGACAGUCACCAUCGAGGAUGGCACACAAUACUCGGCCGACGCCUGCAUAAUCACUGUGCCGCUCGGUGUGCUGAAGGCGAACAUAAUCAAGUUCGAGCCCGAGCUGCCAUCCUGGAAGAGCUCCGCCAUCGCCGACCUUGGUGUCGGCAUUGAAAACAAGGUUGCCAUGCACUUCGACAAAGCCUUCUGGCCGAAUGUGCAGGUGCUGGGCAUGGUCGGCCCGACGCCCAAGACGUGCGGCUACUUCCUGAACCUCCACAAGGCCACCGGCCACCCAGUGCUUGUCUUCAUGGCAGCCGGUCGGUUCGCCCAGGAUGUGGAGAAGCUCUCGGACAAGGAGGCUGUGGAACUCGUCAUGUGUCACCUGAGGAAGAUGAUACCCGACGCAACUGAACCCAACAAGUACCUGGUGUCGCGGUGGGGGUCAGACCCGAACUCGCUGGGGUCCUACUCGUGCGACCUGGUGGGGAAGCCGUCGGACGUGUGCGAGAGGUUCUCGGCGCCGGUGGAGAGCGUGCUGUACUUCGCCGGAGAGGCGGCCAGCGCGGAGCACUCUGGUGCGGUGCACGGCGCCUACUCAUCUGGGAUGGAAGCUGCAGAGGAAUGCCGGAGGAGGUUGCUGAUGAGUAAGGGCGUUCCAGACCUCGUCCAGGUCGCUGGCGCCGCCUGCGAGGAGAUGGCCGACGUCGUCGCCCCUCUCCAGAUUUGCCGCACCUAG